CUCCAGUCCCCGGUUGCCGUUGUAGGCGCCACCACCUGGGGCACUACCCUUGCCGUCCUGGCCGCCCGCGACGGCGCUCCGGUGCGGCUCCUCUGCCGCACGUCCGACGAGGCGGAUGCGCUCCGCCGUGCCGGCGAGCACUCCCGGCGGCUGCCCGGUGUCCCCUUCCCCGAAACCCUCUCUGUCGAGCAUGGUCCGGCGAAGGCCCUGAGCGAUACCAACCUGGUGAUUGUCGCGGUGCCUUCCGACCGCUUCCGCCAGAAUGUCGGUCGCAUCGCCAAAUACGUUCCCAAAGAGGCCGUGAUCCUGAGUGUCACCAAGGGACUGGAAUUGCCCGCCGGCCUCCGCAUGAGCGAGGUAUGGUCCCAGGAAAUGCCUCAGCACCCGCCCGGGAGAUUCUCGGUCCUGUCAGGCCCCAACCUUGCUGGGGAGGUCAUUGCCGGCAAGCCGGCCGUGACCGUGGUCGCCGCCUCCGCUGAAACGUCUCGCAGUCUGGUGCAGGAGGCCUUGAUGUCGCCGGCUUUCCGCAUCUACACCAGCGACGACGUGGUGGGCGUGGAAAUGGGCGGCGCAUUGAAAAACAUAAUCGCCCUGGCCGCCGGCAUCGCCGAUGGCAUGGAGGUGGGAGACAACGCCAAGGCUGCCCUGGUAACGCGCGGCCUGAACGAAAUCGGACGCCUGGGCAUCGCUGCCGGCGCUCAGCUGAUGACCUUCGCCGGCCUGGCGGGAUUGGGCGACGUCAUGGCGACGUGCAGCAGCCCGCUCAGCCGCAAUCGCCGGGUCGGAGAGGAACUCGCCAGAGGUCGUCAGCUGCCCGACAUUCUGACCGAUAUGGGAGCAGUGGCCGAAGGCAUCAACACCACCGUGGCCGCGCUGGAAAUCGCCGAGCGCCUGGAUGUCGACAUGCCCAUCACUCGCCUCAUGUCGCAGGUGUUGUUCGAGGGCCUGCCCGCCGCCGAGUGCAUCCCCACCCUGAUGGAACGGCCGCCCCGCUCGGAGUGGUAG